AUGACCACAACAGGGCCUUUAAGCACCCACAAUGCGGUUGUAUUACACGGCGCUCAACAGUUGGUCGUCGAGCGUGUCGAAACGGUGGCCCCAGGACCUGACGAGGUCCAGAUUGCACCAAGAACGACAGGUAUCUGCGGAACAGAUCAGCACUACUAUCAGAAUGGGCGAAAUAGUAUUUACGAAGUCACGGAGCCUCUUAUUCUGGGACACGAAGCUGCAGGAGAAGUGGUAGCCGUUGGUUCCCAGCCUCAGCAGGCGUGUCUGUGCUGCGAACAUUGCCUCGACGGCAGGUAUAAUCUCUGCAGUCGGAUGCGAUUCAACGGAUCUGCAAGCGCGAAGCCUCCAGCACAAGGGUCCCUUCAAGAACGCCUUAAUCACCUUGCUCGAUUGGUCUACAAGCUCUCGGAUGGCGUGUCAUAUGAAGAGGCGGCUUUGAUUGAGCCUCUAUCGGUAGCAAUCCACUCAGUUCGCAAGGCGAGAAUACACGCUGGACACUCGGUUCUGGUCCUUGGAGCCGGUACAGUUGGUCUGCUCUGUGCUGCUAUGGCUAAAGCGUCGGGAGCAGCGUCAGUAGCCAUGGUUGAUAUCGAUGAGGCCAGGCUUGAGUUUGCCAAGGACCAGAACCUUGCCGAUGUAACCUACGCAGGCCUUCCGGGGGGCGAGGGACAGACAGGAUUGAAAGUGGAUGCAGCUUUUGAAUGCACCGGCGUCGAAGCAUGCCUGAAUGCCUGUAUAGGAGCCACCACGGCCGGAGGAAGGGUGGUGAUUGUCGGGCUUGGUAGACCGAUGCAGACGCUCAAUCUGGGGUUGGCGGUCGUCAGGGAAGUGGAACUACUUGGGGUCUGGAGAUACGCCAACACCUUUCCCACAGCCAUCAACCUGCUGGCUGCCGGCCGACUCGACCUCAAGUCUCUCAUCACGCACAGGUUCGAUUUACUGGACGCCGAGAAAGGUCUGCAGCUAAAUUCAGACCACGCUUCCCCUCAGGUUGCCGGAAGAUGGAUUCCAUCGGGGGUGAUUUCCGUGUCGCGGAAGUGUGAUGCCGCGCCAACGUUAUUUGGUCGGUCAGGUGUUUCCAGGGGUUGGCCAGCUUGA